AUGGCCCCCAUCGUCAACGUCCACGCAGAGACUCUGCCCAGCGUCUCCCUUCGCCUCAGUCCAGGGACUGCACUCGGUGAUCUCAAGCUUCGCUUGGUGCGCAAGCUCGAACUCAACAUUCCCUUCGCCCAGCUCAGAAUCCGGUAUCGUUGGACCGACACCGACUACGCACUCAAAGACGGGGAGGACUGGAGCAUCUUCCAGGAGCGAGCAAAGGGACUGCAGGAGGUGAAUCUAUACGUCGAGCUUCCUGCUAGAUCCGAGCAAGGUGGUGGAGUCACGAGCAGCAGUACCAGCAAUAUCAGCGGCGUUGGUGUGGCUCGCGCUGCAUCUCCCACCACAGCCUUGUCCGCUCGUCCCUUGAAAUCGACCAAGACCUCAGCUGGCAUCGAGCCUACAAGCAGGAUGUCUGCAAUCAGGCCAAGAGAAGUGGCCGUAGCCAUUCCUGUCGAUGUUUUGCCCUGGCCAGAUUCGCGUCGCACACCACCACCGCGCUACGGGGUCGACGCGAGCCUCCUGCGUGUCUAUCUGGUCAGCUCUCGCAAGCAUGAUGGCAAGUGGGUGCUACCCAAGGGCGGAAUCGAAGACGGAGAGAAUGCACGUCAAGCAGCGCUACGCGAGAUGUGGGAGGAAGCAGGCAUCAUCGGCGAGCCUGACGUUCUGGCAACUCCAUCGCUUUCGGACAGAGGUUGCAGGUUGCUCCACAUCAAGGUGGACGAUCACAAGCCUCACAAGGACAGUCCGGGUAAGCAUGCGGACGAGGAAGGGUUCGUUCCCAGAGCACGUUACAUCGCCAUGGAGCUCCUCAUCUCGCAUACGACUGACGUCAAGGAUGACUGGCCAGAGAAGCACGAGCGUCAAAGAAAAGUGUUCACCCUCGAGGAGGCCGAAAAGCAGCUAGCGUGGAGACAAGAUCUACACACCAUCUUCAAGAUCUGGAAGGACAACCUUCCGGAGGCGACAAACGGGUCAUGA